CAAGACGGGAAGGUCGUGCCUGGGCUGGUGCAGGGCUGACGGAAUGAUGCAGGGGGAAUCUGUUGGCAGGCUGUCCUUUCCAGAUUGCGCAUCGCGUAUCGUCAUCCAAGCUAUCCACUGCCGCUUCGUUCCGUUCCUUUACUGCAUUUGUCUUUUGAUUCCACGAGCUAACUUCAUCAAAGAGGCGCACAUGAUGAUGUAAAUUAAGCAGUUCCUUUUUCUCGACAUACUGUGUACGAUGGAGAGCACCGACCGAGAGCAUACCAAGACACCGCCUCCGGCCGAUGCCGCUGCAACCGCCAACCUCAAGAAUGUGUCGGAUAGCAGACCUGAUAAACAGAACGGGGGGAGAAGGAGCAGGAUGGAAUCCCAAAGCACCGCCACGCAACUUCCCUCCCCGGUCCUAACGCCGAGCGAUCCGCCGCCGAGAAACACCACAGACUCGAGCCUGCCCCGAGAACGAGCAGUGUCGAACCCACUCAUCGGUGUACCGACUCCCGAUCCAUCUAGCGAUAGCCAGAGCGAUGGCGGGUCGUUGCAUGGAUCUUCAUCUGCGGAACACAUUGCGCUCGCCGCAGCCUCCGCGAGGGAUACAAACAGCGCCACAAAGACGCGAAGCAGGUCCAACACCAAGACGAGCAUUUCUGAUGGGGUUAGGCGCCUCUCUGCGUCCAAAAUGCAGGAACUGACCGCCGCCCCCGAGUCACUGCCCGUUGCUGCCUUACCAGAGCGUGCGAUUGGGAACACGCCGCUGACUGCCGGGAUCGUCGAGGCAAGCAGGCGGCUGUCGAGAGCGACGGAGGAGAACACGACGCAACAAGGUUUAGACGACACGCGAGAAAGGCAACGCGGUGAUAUUUCAGGUUCAAGGGCCUCGCAUGAACGGCCGGGAAUGAGUGGCCGCACGCUCUCCACGCCGCCAAUGGGCAGGCGAAGGAACCUUGGACAGUCUGCGGCACAUCAGUCUCCGCGUCGCAACUCGUUUCGAGCCGCCUCGCCGGCUGCCCUCGAGCUCGGCGGCUCAAGCAGCCACUCCAUGACGACAGAUAAAACUGCCAGUCAGCCUCGGACUGAUACAGCUGAGCCGCCCCUCCCGUCUCCGAUUCCUCCCACGAUCCCACUGCCUCCGAUGUCGAUCCCUACGUUACUGCAACUGGAGCUAGCGGGACAGCGGCCAAGUCCUCUUUAUAUCCACCACUCGUACGCAAGUGACAUGCCAUAUGAGUCAAGCGCCAUCAAGUUUGAACGCCUCAAGAACUUUCUGCUGCUGCCAUGGUAUCUCGAAACGGCCAUGGCCUUCGGGGCCGCAGCUUGCUUUGAUGCCUGGCUGUGGACUUUCACCGUGCUGCCCAUGCGUUUCUGCAUUGCAGCUUCCGUUCUGGUUCGCUGGUGGGCCUACGUGGUGGGUAAGGAAACAAGGUGGCUCAUAGAGUUCGUCUGGCAUGGCCUCGGGCGUUUGUGGCAACGAGGGCGCCGCGGUCGCGACACGUCGAGUUCUGGCGGACAUGGACACCGGAAUGAGGAGUCGAGGAGCAGGAGUAGGGCACGAGAUGUCCAUGACAGCAGCGCACACGUCACGGGGUUCACGGGCGAGGUGAGCGAGUCCAAAAGCCGCCGUCCGAACCAUCGCCGCCCGUCGGGAACCAGCGCAGGUGCCUUGUCGAAGAAUCAGGGCACCAGGCAAUCCGGAGUGUUCAGGCACCGCAGAACCAAAUCGAAUCCUUCCAACCUGACGUCGUUUCACAAAGCCGAUCUCCUCCAGGGAGCCAUUCUGAUUUGCAGCUCCAUAGCGCUUAUGAACCUCGACGCUAGUCGGAUGUACCACUUCAUCCGGGCCCAGUCUGCCAUCAAGCUCUACGCCAUCUACAACCUCCUCGAAGUUGGCGACAGGCUCCUCUCGGCCUUGGGGCAAGACGUCUUUGAAUGCCUUUUCAGCACCGAGACGCUCUCCCGGAACAGCUCCGGCCGUUCCAAGGUGAUGCUGCCGCUGGGCAUGUUCCUGCUCGCCCUCGUCUACAACAUCCUGCACUCUGUCAUUCUCUUUUACCAGGUCAUUGCCCUCAACGUUGCCGUCAAUUCGUACUCCAACGCCCUCCUGACUCUCCUCAUGUCGAACCAGUUCGUCGAGAUCAAGAGCGCAGUCUUCAAGCGCUUCGAGAAGGAGAACACGUUUCAGCUGGCCUGCGCCGACAUUGUCGAGCGCUUCCAGCUCUGGAUCAUGUUGAUCAUCAUCGGGAUGCGCAACGUUGUCGAGGUGGGCGGACUGUCGGUUCCUGGUGCCGGCAGCGAGGACAGCGGUCCGAGCAGUAUCCCGCUGCACACCUCGUCUAUCCUCCCGGCCAGCUUCACUAUCCUCCCGUCGUGGCUGUGGUCAGGUGAGGUGCUGUCCCCGUUUAUUGUUGUAAUCGGCAGCGAAAUGGUGGUAGAUUGGAUCAAGCACGCCUACAUCAACAAGUUCAACAACAUCAAGCCGACCUUUUACUCGAGGAUUCUCGACAUCCUGUGCAAAGACUACUACACCAACGCCUUCGUGACCCCGUCCCUGACGCGCCGCUUGGGCCUCCCCCUUUUCCCCCUUUCUUGCCUCUUUAUCCGAGCCUCUGUCCAAAUUUACAACAUGCUCCUCGCCACGCACCUUCCGACUCCUCUCCCCCCGACCACCCAAACCUCCCUCUCAGUUGACAACGCAACGCCAUCCCCAGCCAUGCUCGCCGCGCUCGACCGGAUAGACCAUCUCAUUCGCAACGCCCUGGGCCGCUCCGUCCUCGGCUACCCCUACACCGCCGACCAGCCCGAAAACGCGACAGCUGGGUCAUUUGGCAGUGGCGAUACCGCGGCAUGGCCAUCUAGGCUAUGGAAACUCUCCUUCACCAGCGAUGACGCCAUCGCCGCGCUUACCAUGGUGGUCGUGUUUAUGCUGCUUUUCCUUAUCCUCCUGGUCGUCAAACUACUGCUGGGCAUGGUGCUCCUGCGAUAUGCACGCGACCGGUACGCGCGCAUGAAGAUUAAGGAGCACGCCAUCGCGACCGGGCAGGCCGAGCGCGAGUCGUUCGAUGCGAAGGGCAAGCGCGUGGGCGGCUAUGGGCAGGUGGAGGUUGGCGAUGACCGACGGCGGUGGAUAUUUGGCGAUGAUCUAGAAGGUCUGAGAAAGGCGAAGGAGCGGGAGAAGAAAGCAGAGGCAAACAUAGAGCGGGACAAGGAGAAGGACUUUUCGAGGGUCAUGAGGUAUGAGAUGGUUGCGAGGCGGAUUUGGUAGUUGUGCAUCCCUCGCGACGGUAUCAGCUUGGUGUUGUCGAUCUUGGGUGCAUUGCGCGGCGUUU